UGUUCUCGCGCGCUUCCGGUGAUGCUCGCGACCAUCCGAGCUGCUGCAGCUGCCGCUGAUCCUCUAACUGCAUCAGAAACAACAAAGCUACAGAGAGGAGGAGGAGGAGGAGAGAGAGAGAGAGAGAGAGAGAGAAGAAAGAGGACGUUGCAUUCCAAUCACGUCUUCAUCUCCCCUCGUUUGCCUCGGUCUCAUUGGGAAGAGAAGAGGAGCUGAGAGAGAGAGAGAGAGAGAGAGAGAGAGAGAGAGAGAGAGAGAGAGAGAGAGAGGAAUAAGCACACGGUGAAGGAGGAGGAGAGAGCCAACAAUCUUUAACCUCCCUUCUUUCGUUUUGGUCUUACGGUUUUUUCUCGGAUGCUACUAAACUCCAUUAGAGAACGAGUGCAUGCCUCCUCGCGCGGCGCGAGCGUCUCCCCGUCCAUUCCAGCGCAGGAGGAGAUGGAAAGUUGGAGCCCAUUAAAACCGAUGCUGUGACGUGGCUGUGGGCCGUACCUCCACCCAGGUUCUCGGCGGAAGCAUGCUGUGGGUAACCCUGCUGAGCUCGAUCGCUUUAGGAUGCACCACGCCGAUCCCUUUGCUGGACGAGUCGGAGGAAGUGGACGAGCCAUGCUUCGACCCCUGCAGCUGUGAGGUCAAAGAGGGCAUCUUCCACGUCCACUGUGACAGCAAAGGCUUCACCAACGUCAGCCAGAUCUCCCAGACGUGGACGAGACCCUUCAAGCUGAACCUGCAGAGGAACGCUAUGCGGAGGCUGUAUUUCAACAGCUUCCUGCAUCUCAACAAUGCUGUGUCACUAAAUCUGGGCAACAAUGCACUGCAGGACAUCCAUGCGGGUGCUUUUAAUGGCCUUGCCAUUUUAAAAAAGCUAUUCUUGCAUGAGAACAAGCUGGAGGUGUUCAGGAAUGACACAUUCCUGGGCCUGGAGAGCCUCGAGUAUCUGCAGGCGGAUUACAAUGUCAUCAAGAGGAUAGAAAGUGGGGCUUUUCGCAACUUGCACAAGCUCAGAGUGCUUAUCCUCAAUGACAAUUUGAUACCUGCACUGCCCAGUACACUUUUCAGGUCUGUGUCACUAACGCACCUUGACUUGCGAGGCAACCGUUUAAAGAACCUGCCUUACCAAGGAACUUUGGAGUAUGUGGGCCGCAGCCUCAUGGAGAUCCAGCUUGAGGAGAACCCGUGGAACUGUGCUUGCGAAAUUGUGCAGCUCAAGUCGUGGCUCGAGCGAAUCCCAUAUGCUGCGCUUGUGGGAGACGUGGCUUGCGAGCAUCCGUUUCACUUGCACGGCAAGGACCUGCGCGAGAUCACGAGACGGGAGCUGUGUCCGACACUUUCUGAGGCCGAGAUUGAGGCCAAAUAUGGUGUCCCAAGGUUGCAAUUGGUUGGUGAGAGAGCGUGGCCCACAAAACCCUCAUCCAUGCUUUCGUCCUUCCACAACACGGCAUCUUCAGUGGAAUACAGGGAGAGGCAUCCAAAGCCUACCAAACGUCCAAGGCCCACAAAAACUCCACCCACAGCACGAAGCAUCUAUCCGGGUCCCAAUCAGCCACCUGUGCCAGCUUACCAGACCCGGCCACCUAUCCCUAUAAUCUGCCCUGCGGGAUGCACAUGCAACUUGCACAUCAAUGACCUGGGAUUGACGGUAAACUGCAAGGAGAAAGCUUUCCACAACAUUUCAGAGCUUCUGCCUCGCCCGCUCAAUGCCAAGAAGCUCUAUCUGAGUGGGAACCUCAUCCAGAAGAUCUACAGAUCAGACUUUUGGAACUUCUCCAGCCUGGAUUUGCUCCAUCUGGGCAACAACCGGAUAUCAUAUGUCCAGGAGGGCGCAUUUAUCAACUUGCCUAACUUGAAGAGCCUGUAUUUGAAUGGGAAUGACAUUGAACGGCUUACUCCGGGAAUGUUCCGUGGUCUUCACUCUCUAAGCUAUCUUUACCUGGAGUACAAUGUGAUCCGGGAGCUGGAGCCUGCGGCUUUCAGCCUGAUGCCCAACUUGCAGCUGGUCUUCCUGAAUGACAACCUGCUUCGUGCCCUUCCCGUGGAUGCUUUUGCGGGAACGUCUCUGGCCAGGUUGAACCUGCGCAACAACUACUUCUUGCACCUGCCUGUGGAGGGUGUGCUGGAGCACCUGCGUGCAGUGGUGCAGGUAGACCUGCAGCAGAAUCCGUGGGACUGCACAUGUGCCAUUGUGCCACUCAAACGUUGGGUGGAGAAGCUCAGCUCGGUCAUUGUGGUUGGCGAAGUCAUCUGCAGGACUCCCGAGAGUCACACCGGCAAGGAUCUUCGUAGCCUGGAGGCAGAGGUUAUCUGUCCUGAGCUGAAAUAUGCUGCCCCAAGCUCCCCAGCACUUGAUGUCACAUCCCAAAGCACGUCGGGGUCAGGCCACGUCUCCCCAGCAUCUGCGGGAUCUGCAGUCCCUCUCUCGGUUCUGAUCUUGAGUUUGCUGGUUCUGUUCAUCUGUGCUGUUUUUGCAGCUGCCGGCCUCUUCGCGUUUGUCCUGAGGAGGCGGAGAAAGAAGGACGUGCCUUUCAGAAAGAGGCAGGAAGUGGACCUCACUGGCAUUCAGAUGCAGUUUGAGGAACGCGCCACCGCAGCCACGCCUGAGAAACCUCCAGGCCACGUUUAUGACUACAUCCCUCAUCCUGUGGCACACAUGUGCAACAACCCCAUCUACAAACCACGAGAGGGUGAGAUGGAGGCAGAGCAGAAGGAAAACGGAGGCACAAGUUACCGGACGCUGCUGGAGAAAGAGCAGGAGUGGACAGCAGCCGUUUCCGCAUCACAGCUAAACACCAUAGUCACCGUUGAUCGGUCGCGGCUUCACGAGAACGGGCUGCUUUGCCCCACUGCAAUUGACAGCCAGCAGAGGUCGCCCCAGGCCGUGGGAUUCGUAGACUGCCUGUACAGCACAGCGCCGAGACUUAAGCACGUUCACAUGGCGCACGCACAUCCGCCGGGCGUUCAGUACCCGGAUGUGCAGCAGGACGCCAGAUUAAAAGAGACGCUGCUUUUUGCCGGGGGCAAAGGAUUUCCAGAACAAACCCAAAGUGAAUACCUCGAGUUAAGGGCCAAACUCCAAACCAAGCCGGAUUACCUCGAAGUCUUGGAGAAAUCGUACAGGUUUUAAUCACAGAAAGUAAAAAAAAAGCUCACCUCCAUAGCGCCCCCUACCCACCACUACCACCACCACUACCACAAAAAUGAGUAUCAAAAAAAUAGACAGCAGCAUGACAAGUUAAUCUAUAUAUAUCACAGAAAUGUGUUUCCCCCAAGUGGCUUUGGAGGAAAGGCCAUACUCAGAUAUCCAAUGAAGUGCCUUUUAAUUUUUAUUUCGUUUUGUUUCGGUUGAUUUUCUUUUUCUCAGAGUAGCCAGCAAUGUUAUCAACCCCUUAUUUUUAUACAGAACAGAUUUGUUUGUGGCUGUGGGAGCCGACGGGAGGAGCAUCACUCGCACACAUACACGACCGUUCAGACGAAAGCCUUGACGGCAGCUCGUCUCUCUCACGCGCUCGCAGGCACAGUUUGUAGACUAUUGCAGUUUGCUGCAUGCACUCAACUGCAAAAGGCGUGGGGUAUUGCUGAAAAAAGAAAUUAAAAAAAUAAUAAUAAUUCACCUUCAAUAGAGAUACUGCAACGCAUUACUGUUCAGUGGUCUAUUUAUUUUAUAUAUUAUUAUAAUAAAGGGACAUCAGAGGUCCUCUCUCUCUCUCAAGGACACACCCAAGGAUUUGUGAAUACAUAAAGACACUCAAGAUUUUAUGGAGUUCGACGCACUUUCUUAAGACGAAAUGCUUCUGGAUAUUAUUAUCACUAACGGCUUUGUAGGAAGCACUUUUAAUGUUUUCUCUC